AUGGGAGGCAUAGGCAAGACCACCCUUGCUACUGCUCUAUAUGUCAAACUGUCUCAUGAGUUCGAAGGUGGUUGCUUCCUCACAAAUGGAACUGAUGUUGUUGAAGGCAUAAUUUUAGAUUUGGAUACAUUAACCAGGGAUCUAGGUUUGAGCUCUGAUUCCCUUGCAAAGAUAACUAACGAAUUCUCAGUGAUAUCAGAGGAAAUGAUGGUCUUGGAUUUAGAAGACACAGCUAGAUGUGCAUUGCCAACCUCAAUUUGGCACAAUAAGGAACUUCGUUUUGUUUCUCUAAGGGUUGUAACAAUCUUAACACUGAACUGA